GCCGAUAAAUAAAUGCACAGAAAUAUCCGGUUACUCAAUUACACAAACUGAUUUGUUUUAUCAUCGACAAGAGGAAGAAGCUACGAAGAUAUGACGUCGCUCACAUAUCUCACUAUGUCGAGGAAUUCAGUUAAUUUAACGGUUUCAUCGCGAGCAGGUUUGACGACGAUGAAGCAUUUGCUAUUAAUUUGUCUUUUCCAUAUACUCUUUGAAGCGGGUCUGUCGACGAAAGAUUCACCGUGCGUGAAAAUUAAUCAAACAAAUGAUGUCGUUUUUCGAUGCACUCAGUUGACGACGCUGUCAGAGUAUUUGGAUCAAGCGAGAGCCAACACGACGAUUAUCGCCAUUUUCGAUUCUAAUAUAUCCAAUGUACCUGGGCAUAGUUUCGCGAGAUUCGGAGCAACUCUUGUGACUCUAGAUCUACACGAAUCAGGUAUACAAACAUGCGACCCUCAAGCAUUUGUGGGCCUCACGAAGUUGAAAAAACUAAUGCUCUGGGGCAAUAAACUGAUAUUCGUACCGGGAGAUUGGUUCAUGAAUAUGUACUCUCUGCAGACCCUGGACUUGUCGUUUAACUUUAUUCAGGGAAUCGAUUACACGAUCUUUCAGAUGCUUCCCAAUUUGGAAAACUUCUACUUCGACUAUAACCAGCUUCGCUAUAUCGAUUACAAUAUGUUCGCUUAUCUGGGUAAUUUGAAGAGAGUGAAAUUCAGCAAGAAUCCAUGGAGUUGGGCAUAUCGCGCUCGUUUGACAUGGCAACUGGAGAUCCAGAAGGUUGAUAUAUCAGAUAUAUGGGAGGACUGGAACUGGAUGAACGUCGUCAUCAAGGAUUGCGUCGAGAGCGGCCGCGGCGAAUUGCCCAGCGACAUAGUGCUCGACUGUGCUGUGGAGAUGCUACUUACAUUCACGUAUGAAACAUUCAGCGUGCAUGAGAAGAGCAGUACAGCUGGAUGUAAUAAGCAGGCAAGAAAAUUAGUACACUGCAUGAGACCAGCAUCAAUUAACGCCACCGGCAAUACCGAUUACGAAACGGUACGUAGGAUCCUUGAGGAUUAUUCCACGAUUUUGCCGUCGAUGGAUAGAGCGCUGAGCCCUUUCCCGUUGAAACGGUAAAUGCAUUUUGUCUAUAUUUUCUCAAAAAUUUCUCUUUUAAAAUAGAAAUAAAUCUUGAGAGAGAAAUUUUU